AUGGAUUCAUUACCCCUCGAAAAUAUAUCAAACUACUCAUGGGAUAAAGAAGGUUUCUAAGAUGAAAUAAGCUUUGAAAGUGUUAAUCUCGUUCCUAAAAAGCACAUUUCAGCUCUAAAAAGUGCAAAAUUCUACUCUAACAAGAUAUACAAUAUCUUUUUGCUCUUCACACACAAUCAAACACAAAAGAGCUUUCACUAAGUCAGUAUAAAACUGCCACUUCAGAUUACCAUAAAUGAAGCAAUGUAUCAAAUUUUCGCAGCAUUUGAAACACUCCUCAAUAAAAAUAAUGCACCAUUUUCGAUCAUCGAAGAUUCUCAUCUCUGGUAAAUGCGCAUUGCCAAAAAAACAGGCUUCCCUAAAGAUUAUAUUCCAGCUAUCGAUUAAAAUAAUUUGAUGAAGUCAGUAGAAUGUUAUGACAAUCUUGUGCUAUGUCCUAUCAAAGAAUCUGAGUGCAUCAGAAUCACCAGCUCUUCCACAAUUUGCAGCAAAGACACAAAACACUGUACUGAAGCUACUAACUCUCCUACAAGUGCAGCUGAUUCUAAUUCAUAUGGUUCUCUUAGCUCUGAUAAUAACAACUUAACUUCAAAAAUUGGCAUGAAGAUCCCUAAAAUCUAAUAAGAUGGCAAAGUGUAAGCAAAGAAAACCUAAUUGAGUUCAUUUGAUAAGGAUUACAAUAACUCAACUACAUGUAGUGACAAUAAAAAUUUCAAAAAUGGUAUUUCUUCCAACUACUCUAGUCGCGCUUUUUACUCAAAAGAUGAAGAAGAUGAUGUUGAUAUCUUCACUUAAUAAAAAAAUCAACGCGUCUCUAAAUAAAAUAAAGAAGAAAUAGCUUUAAUGAAGAAAAAUAAAAAGAAAUCCUUCUUCUCUUUCCUCUGCUGUUGA